GGGGAACUUCCUGUUGUCACCGCACCUCUGAGUGAGUUAUCAGAGCUCCGCGGCAGCAAAGCCCGAGUGAGAACGCAGGCUCUGGGACGGAAAUCACUCCUGCGAAUGUGACAGGCGUUCUCUCCACUCUCCAUAUGCUGAGAUUGUAUCUAUUCAUCAGUUUGCUGUGCUUGGUGAGAUCAGACACAGAUGAACCAUGUCCUUCAUUCACCAGGCUGAGUUUUCACAGUGCAGUGGUUGGUACAGAACUCAGCGUGAGGCUGCUGCUCUACACAAGAGAAAACAGCUCCUGUGCACAACUCAUCAACUCCACAACUUUUGGAAACUUAAAUAUAACCAAGAAGACCACCUUCAUUGUCCAUGGAUUUAGGCUAACAGGCUCCCCUCCAGUUUGGUGGGAAGACUUAGUAAUGGCUCUGCUCAAUGUAGAAGACAUGAAUGUGGUUGUUGUUGAUUGGAAUCGCGGGGCUACAACUGUACUUUACAACCAGGCCGCUAGCAACACCAAGAAAGUGGCAUUAAUCUUGAAAGAGUUUAUCGACCAGAUGUUGGCAAAAGGAGCUUCUUUGAACGACAUCUACAUGAUUGGAGUAAGUCUAGGAGCCCACAUAUCUGGGUUUGUUGGAGAGAUGUACGAUGGGCAGCUGGGACGAAUUACAGGUCUUGACCCUGCCGGCCCUUUAUUCAAUGGGAAGCCUCCCCAGGACAGAUUGGAUCCCAGUGAUGCACAGUUUGUUGAUGUCAUCCAUUCAGACAUUGACGCACUGGGCUUCAAGGACCCAUUAGGAAACAUAGAUUUCUACCCAAAUGGAGGAUCGGAUCAACCUGGUUGCCCCCAAACAAUCUUUGGAGGGAUGCAGUACUUUAAAUGUGACCACCAGAUGUCCGUGUUCCUGUACCUUUCCUCCCUGAGAAAGAACUGUACCAUCACUGCCUACCCCUGCGACUCCUACCGGGAUUACAGGAACGGCAAGUGCAUCAACUGUGGCACAUCCCAAGGGAAGCCCUGCCCCCUGCUGGGGUACUAUGCCUACAGAUGGAAGGACUAUUUGAAUGAGCAAGAUCCUCCAAUGAUUAAAGCAUUCCUCGACACAGCUGACAGGGAGCCAUACUGCAUAUAUCAUUACUUUGUGGAUAUUAUAACUUGGAACAAAAACAUCAGAAGAGGGUCCAUUACAAUCAAGUUGCGAGAUGAAGCUGGAAACAUCACAGAAUCCAAAAUCAAUCACGAACCAGCCACAUUUCAGAAAUAUCACCAAGUGAGUCUGCUUGCAAGAUUUAAUCAAGAUUUAGAAAAAGUGGCAGAGAUUUCCUUGGUGUUCUCUACAGGAUCUGCAAUAGGCCCCAAGUACAAGCUCAGGAUUCUGCGGAUGAAGUUAAGGUCACUUGCCCACCCAGACAGGCCCCAGCUGUGUCGGUAUGAUCUGGUCCUGAUGGAAAAUGUUGAAACGUUCUUCCAACCCAUUCUCUGCCAGCAGCAGCAGAUGUAA